AGUAAUGCCCUUCACAAGAGGUUGUAUGGCAGAUCCCCACCUCCCCAUGUUACAACUUCCCCUCUACCUGUCCCUAUAUCUUCCCCCCUCCCCCAUAUCCCUCCCUUUCUUCUCCUAAUUCACUCUCCCUCAUCACACCCUCUCAUUGUGCCAUUACACCAUUACUUGUCCUCUUUCUUUGUUGUUGACAUACCCUUUUGAUAAUCAAACACAUAUCAUAACAAGGUAUAUAUAUAUACCAAAAUGUGUAGCUCUAAGACCAAAGUGACUGUUGGUUUAGAAGCCGUUGUCGCUGCUGCGAAGCCCUCAGUGGCUAGAAUCAAUGGAAGGCCAGUCCUCCAACCAACUUGUAACCGUGUUCCAAACCUUGAGAGGAGGAAUUCAAUCAAGAAAGUGGCACCACCAAAGUCACUUUCUCCACCAUCACCACCACUUCCAAGCAAGACCUCAUUGACACCCCCGGUUUCUCCAAAGUUAAAGUCCCCUAGGCUUCCUGCCACAAAGAGAGGCAAUGACAACAAUGGACUUAACUCGAGUUAUGAGAAGAUUGUGAUCCCUAGAAGCUCCACAAAAACUCCAACUUUGGAGAGAAAGAAGUCCAAGAGCUUCAAGGAAGGGUCAUGUGUGUCUGCUUCCAUUGAGGCUUCGUUGAGUUACUCGUCUUCUUUGAUCACUGACUCCCCAGGUAGCAUUGCUGCUGUGAGGAGGGAGCAGAUGGCACUGCAACAAGCACAAAGGAAAAUGAAGAUUGCCCAUUAUGGAAGAUCAAAGUCUGCAAAGUUUGAAAGAGUUGUUCCUCUUGAUCCUUCAAACACUAGUCUUGCAUCAAAGCCAACUGAGGAGGAGAAGAGAUGCAGCUUUAUCACACCCAAUUCAGAUCCCAUCUAUAUUGCUUAUCAUGAUGAGGAAUGGGGAGUUCCAGUUCAUGAUGACAAGAUGCUGUUUGAACUUUUAGUUUUGAGCGGUGCUCAAGUUGGAUCUGAUUGGACCUCAACCUUGAAGAAACGCCUAGAUUUCAGGGCUGCAUUUUCAGAAUUUGAUGCAGAAACCGUGGCUAACUUGACUGAUAAGCAAAUGAUGUCUAUUAGUUCUGAAUAUGGCAUUGACAUAAGCAGAGUCCGAGGAGUUGUUGAUAAUGCUAACCAAAUUUUAGAGAUUAAGAAAGACUUUGGUUCAUUUGACAAGUACAUUUGGGGGUUUGUGAAUCAUAAACCAAUCUCCACUCAAUACAAGUUUGGCCACAAGAUUCCAGUGAAGACAUCAAAAUCAGAGAGCAUAAGCAAAGACAUGGUUAGAAGAGGCUUUAGGUUCGUUGGUCCAACAGUGGUUCAUUCAUUCAUGCAAACAUCUGGCCUCACGAAUGACCACUUAAUCACAUGCCACAGGCACUUGCAGUGCACCCUAUUGGCAGCUCGAUCCCUUUGUACCAUAGAGCCCUCUCAAUAGAUCCAAUUUCAAUUACUACUUGGAAACAAGGAACAACAACAAGAGAUUAUUGACCCUGAAGAAGAGCUCAAGACAUAAAAAAAAAAUAAUAAUAAGAGUUACUAUUACUUAUGUAUGCUGAAGAGCAUAUGUAAGGUGGCUAACAACAAUAGUUUACUUUUCAGUUAAUGUUGUGUAUAAUAUUAAUUAAUUAGAUAUAGGACAAAAAGGUUUUUUUUUCUGAUUUGUGAGAUGUUGUGAGAAUUUUUAAUGAUAGUUUGGGUGUGAUUUUUCUUUGCAUAAUUAAUGAGAAAAAAGUGAUUAUUAUUAGAGAGAAGAGAAGAAGAAAAAAAGGGUUUAGGAUGGUGUUAUUAGGUGGUGGGAGGCUUAGGGAACAGUCACCAUGUGCAUGUGCAAUUGGGAGACAUGUGCAUGUGUGGUGGUGUCAGUUUGCUUUCGAGACCAUGUGACCCAUCAUACUUUGCAUUAUUUGGUUCCCUUAACAGCCUGUGUGUGAUACUUGUAAGAGGGGAGUGUAGGACCACUCUUUUUUCCUUCUCUUUGCUUUGUUUUAUGGGGUUGUUAUCUUUACUGUAUUCUCUCUAACUUUUUGGCUUGGGUGAUAUAAUAUUAUACCCCCAAUAUAUAUUUUGGAGUUGGUGUGGAUGUU